CUAAAUUUUAAUUUCUCGGUGGUGAAAUGGGCUGUUUCCAUGGUGGUUGAUGCUGCUAUGGCUUCCAAAUUGCUUUUCCUCAGAAAGCUCCCUAGGCUUCUAAAACCCCUUCCUCUUCCUCUUUCUUCUUCUUAUUCGAUUCGUAGAUUGCGUUUGCUGCCUCUAGAAGCUUCGAGAACCGGGACCAAUCGAUGGUCUCCUGCUGCUAGAAACUUCUGUUCUCGUCCACUGAAUCUCGCCGAUGGCUCUCAAGGCCCCGCCGCCAUUGAUUAUCGUUCUGUGCUGCAGGAGGAUGAGUUUCACCGGCUGGCCAAUUCCACAAUACAUAAUCUUUUAGAGAAACUUGAGGUGCUCAUGAGCACUGUGAUUUUGAUUGUCUCUUGUGCACAGGAAUAUGGAGAUAAUGUUGAAAUUGAUGGUUUUGAUGUGGAUUAUGGGAAUGAGGUUUUAACCUUAAAACUUGGGGAUUUGGGGACCUAUGUGUUGAAUAAACAGACACCAAAUAGACAAAUUUGGCUGUCAUCCCCAGUGAGUGGUCCAUCUAGGUUUGACUGGGAUCAGAAUGCUCAAACAUGGGUUUAUAGGCGGACAAAAGUAGAUUUGCUGAAAAUUUUUGAAAGUGAGUUGGAGCAACUGUGUGGCGAACCCAUCAAUCUUUCCUGAACUGCAGCAAACUCUGCCACAUCAGAUUUUCUUCUGGGUAAUUUCAUCUUAGUACUGACAUGCCUUUGAGCUUGCCUCUCUUCCUUGCCUGUAUUUUGGUGUUUCAUUAAUAAAAUUUGUAUCUUUUACGGAAAAAAACUAAAAAUCACGGUAGAUUUUAUAUGGAUUGUACCUGCACUUAAGAGGUUGGUUGUUCACUUCUUUAACAGGUGAAAAAACGAAGAAUAAAUAAGUUAUAGGAUUAGGAGAGUACUGGACAAAGUAUAGCUUCUCUUGGUUGGGUUUUAAUGUAUUUAAUGCUAUCUAUUGAGAUGCCAAUCAAUAAUCAUGAGCAUAGUGCAUUGAGAUCAUUUGUAUCAGUUACAUUUCAGGAUUUGAAGAAAAUACAGCCAACAGUAAUUUUCUACUUAA